UAUUUGUUGUGGGACCAAGCCCCAGAAAGAAGGCGGUGAUGUACUUUGUCACCCAGACCAAGAGCGUGAACUCCGCAAAGCACCCCAUCGGACUUUGCUUGUCUGCUGUCUUCUCCGCCAGCCAUUCUGUCAUGGAGCAGGACAAUCUGUCCGUGGUGCUGCACUCACAGGGAGACCUCAGACUGGAGAAGCGCCCUGUCCCGGAGCCAGGACCCAAUGAGGUUUUGCUUCAGAUGCACUCAGUUGGCAUCUGCGGCUCCGACAUCCACUACUGGCAGCAUGGCCGCAUCGGUGAUUUCGUGUUGAUGAAGCCAAUGGUGUUGGGGCAUGAAGCAUCGGGACGGGUGGUCAGGGUCGGCUCGGCGGUCAAACACCUUCAAGUUGGAGACAGAGUUGCUGUCGAGCCAGGUGUUCCCCGAGAGAUGGACGAGUUUUUCAAAAGUGGACGCUACAAUCUCUCUCCGACUAUCUUCUUCUGUGCCACGCCACCCGAUGAUGGCAAUUUGUGCAGAUACUACACACACAAUUCCAACUUCUGUUACAAGUUGCCUGAUAAUGUGACCUUUGAGGAGGGCGCCCUGAUUGAACCUCUGUCGGUGGGCAUCCAUGCCUGUCGCAGAGCCGAUGUGACCCUGGGCAGCACUGUGCUCAUCUGUGGUGCAGGGCCAAUCGGGUUGGUCUGUCUGCUUGUGGCCAAGGCAAUGGGUGCUGCGCAAGUUAUCAUCACGGAUCUGUUCCCCGAGCGUCUGGCAGUGGCCAAGGAGUUGGGCGCAGACUUCCAGCUGACUGUGAAACGAGGGGACGGACCUCAGCAGUUGGCCACCAGGGUGGAAGAAAUGCUGGGAGCUCAGCCACACAUCACAAUUGAAUGUAGUGGCGUUGAGAGCAGCAUCCAAACUGCCAUCUAUGCAACCCGUUCGGGAGGCGUGGUGGUGGUCGUGGGUCUCGGAUCAGAAAUGGCCACCGUUCCUCUAAUCAACGCGGCCGUCAGAGAAGUUGACAUCAGAGGCGUCUUUCGCUACUGCAACACCUGGCCCAUAGCCAUUGCCAUGUUGGCAUCGGGCGCAGUGAAUGUGAAGCCCCUGGUGACACACCGCUUCCCCCUGGAGCAGGCAGUCCAGGCGUUUGAGACCACACGUCAGGGUCUUGGGAUAAAAGUCAUGUUAAAGUGUGACCAGAAUGACCAGAAUCCCUAGAAUGAAGCUGUCAAACACAUUGGAUUGUAAAAGUUAAAUGGAGAUAUUGAGAAAUAAUACAAAUUGAUUUAUAAUAAAAAAUAAAUUUUCCUGGUGAUUUGAGACUGAACACUUUUAAA